AUGAAAGGAAACGAUCAGUUAUCAUCAAGUGAAAAAUGUAGAGAGAUGGCAAAUGGUGAAGAUAUGAAACAAAGACUAGAGCGUGCAUUAAAAAAUCCAUCUUUUAAAAAAGGUCGAUUCGAUGUAAAUCAUGUUCGUUUUCGACAAAUCGGUACAUCAACCGAACAUAUUUUAAUCGAUAAUGGGCCAAAAUUGUUAUUAUUUCAUAAAACUGGUUCCAAUAAAGUCGAAAUAGAGUGGAAUCGAGAAAGAAAUGGUUUUAUUAAAGAUAUUGUUUGGUGUUGUUAUCUAAAUAAAUUUAUAAUAUUAGGGGUAAAUAUUUUAUUUACAUUCGAUUGUACACAAUUCAAUAUAGAACAAAUUCAAAAUCAAGACUUUUCGUAUUUAAAUUUUAUUGGCGUACAAAAUGAAAAUUUAUUAUUAAAUUUUAGUAAUAAACGUAUUGAACAUUGGCAAAUGAAUAUGGAUUUAAAAUUAAAAUUUAUUCAACGUUGGUCUCAUCUCAAACUUGGUUAUGAUAUGAAUGAAUCGUUAUUGAGAUUAAAUAUAGCUGGUGAUCAAUUAGCAAUUAAUAUUAAAAAUAAUCAAAAACAAUUUGUUAUUGAUGUCUAUGAUGAUAUUUAUAAAAUGAAUCGUUUAUAUCGUGUUAAUGAUGAAAAAUACAAUCUACGAUUGUUGUCAAGUAUUUAUGAUAAUCAGUGGUUAUCUAUUAAUGACGCAACAAAACAAUUAUAUCAUAUUGAAAAUAAUAGAUUAGUAGAAAUUAAAUAUAAUCGAGAAAUAGUCUACUAUAUACACCAAAUUUUGUUCUUAGAUAAGAAAGAUUUUCUAAUGUUUACGUAUGAGUCGACGACUACAGUACAAUUGUUACUAUAUAAAUUAGAUAUAUAA